CGCCUGGGGGGGCCCGGAAUGGCGUCGUCCAGGGGCAGCAGAUCGGAGAAGGUGAAGCGGAUCUUCCAGCAAUUCGACGGGAACCGCGACGGGGGGCUCAACCGGGAGGAGAUGGCCGCGCUCGUGGUCGCCGUGAACCCCAGGGUCAAGUUCAGCGACGAGCAGAUCAACGCGAUCCUGGACGAGGUGUUCAAGACCUACGGGGAGUACAUCGACGGCGAGAAGGGGCUCACCUACGAGGGCCUGCUGCGGACCUACGACGACGGCGCCGGCGACGUGGACCGCGACUUCGACGCGCUGGGGCUCGAGCUCGGCCCCGACGACGGCAAGAACAAGGAGGUGAGGUCCGGGUCGGACGAGGUGUCGUCGUCGAUCGCGGACGAGAGGGCGAUGGAGACGCAGAAGAAGCAGAGGACGGCGGCUUGGGCCGUGUCGCCUAAUCACGGGAUAGUGUUCGACGAUACUUGGAAGAUUGUGGACGGUUUGGAGAUUCUGGUGAAGAGAUUGAAGGCGAAGCAGGCCAAGGAUGGGAAACUGAAGGGUGAUAAUUUGGACGCGUUUUCGGAUGCCGGUUGGUCGAGGGAGUUGGGGCCGUCGUCGGACAUUUCGGAGAAAAGGGUGUUUUGGGAGGAAUCGGGGCACGAUUACGCCCUCUUCGUGAAGGAAUUGGGGGUUUUGAGGAGCCGGGCCGACGGGGCGAGGUCGAGAGAGGAGGCUUUCGAUGGGCACAUGGCAAUAGGUAGGGUUUUGUAUGAGCACCAGCUGUUUAAGGAGGCUUUGGUGAGCUUUAAGAGAGCUUGUGAGUUGCAACCGGUGGAUGUUAGGCCCCAUUUCAGGGCUGGAAACUGCCUGUACGUUCUUGGCAGGUACAAAGAAGCUAAGGAAGAGUUCUUGCUGGCUCUCGAGGCUGCUGAGGCUGAUGGGAAUCAAUGGGGUUAUCUACUUCCUCAGAUUUAUGUCAAUCUGGGGAUUGCACUUGAAGGUGAAGGUAUGGUUCUAAGUGCUUGUGAGUAUUAUAGGGAAGCUGCAAUACUUUGUCCUACUCAUUUUAGGGCUCUUAAGCUUUUGGGGAGUGCCCUUUUUGGGGUAGGAGAGUAUAGGGCAGCCGUGAAGGCUUUAGAAGAGGCUAUUUUUAUGAAACCUGACUAUGCCGAUGCACAUUGUGAUCUGGCCUCGGCUUUGCAUUCAAUGGGCGAGGACGAGAGAGCGAUUGAGGUGUUCCAGAAAGCUAUCGAUUUAAAACCGGGUCAUGUUGAUGCUUUGUAUAAUCUGGGUGGCCUUUAUAUGGACUUGGGUAGGUUCCAGAGGGCUUCGGAAAUGUAUGCUAGGGUUUUGGCUGUGUGGCCCAAUCAUUGGCGUGCACAAUUGAAUAAGGCUGUCUCCUUGCUGGGUGCUGGUGAAACUGAGGAAGCGAAGAAGGCGCUGAAGGAAGCACUGAAGAUGACCAACAGAGUGGAACUGCACGAUGCGAUUGCCCAUCUGAAGCAGCUGCAGAAGAAGAAGGUGAAGAGUAAUGGAGGUGCCAAUGGAGAAGUAGCCUUUGUGGUUGUCGAAGCUUCUAAGUUUAAGACUGUAGGUGAGAAAACUACAGUGAGGCAGGAUUUGGCUAAUGCUCUGCAAAUUAGAGCUUUUCAGAGGGUUACUAGGUUAGGCCGUUGCGAUGUUGAGCUUCUAAGCAAAGAAAUGUCGGAAAAAGACGUGCCUGUUUCCUAUUCUGGAACUGGUGUUCCGGAGAAAUCGAUACGCAAACCAAAUUUGGAAGAAAUCCUCCGGAGGCUACUGAAUUUUCUGAAGCCCGAAACCUUUCAAGGAGCUGUCAAAGCCAUAAAUGAGAGGAUUCUCUCUGUCUUAGAUGAGAAUGGCUCAGGUAGGGUUGAUCUCGGCAUGUUUUAUGCAAUUCUCGCUCCCGUUUGUGGUGGCUCGCCGGAAAAACGAAAACGGGUUGCUUAUGAUGCGCUGUUGUGGCGAUGCAUAAGUGAAGGCGCUUCUCCAUCCCAGAUAAGAAAAGUUGAUGCUACUGCAUACAUCAAAUUGCUGAGGGCUAUUUAUAUUCCUUCAAGUGGGAUUAGUGAAAUACUUGAGGUGCAUGGAGAGAUGGAUUCUUCGAUGGUGUCUUUAUCGGACUUCCUUCUAAUGUUCGAUGACCGAGACUGGGGUUUUGGUAUCAUCUCUACUUUGAUAAAGCUUGAGAAUGGGGAUAGAAAUAGACAUGGUAACCACGUUUGCUCUGUUUGCCGCUAUCCGAUCAUUGGAUCUCGAUUCAAGGAAACAAAAUCUCAUUUUAGUUUGUGUAAUCAGUGCUAUAGCGAGGGAAAGGUACCCUCGGCGCAUAAGCAGGAAGAGUACAGAUUUAAAGAGUAUGGGAGUGAGGCAGAGGCGAUGAAGGACAAGUGUAUGUGCUUUAAUUUGCAAUCCCAAACAGAAUCCUAGCGUAGCGGUCGUCAACUUUUUUGUUUGUUUAUAAUGUACUGUGCGUCGUUCUUUCUGUUUGACCGGUGUGGAAUAUAUAGUUAAUUGUGUUAGUUCGGCGUCACGCCCUUGUAAUUAAUCACUGUCGGUUCUACUUGCUUUUUCUUAUCUUUUUGAAAUGAUAACUGUAGAGCUCUCUCAUUUCCUCUA